AUGGCAAAAUUUACCGAUUUAAUAAAAAUAAUCACAUCGGUAUUACUGAUAAUCUUAGUUCAUCUAUCGACGGGAAUGAGUGCUGAUGAUCGAUGUGAUAACAAUAUAUUUGUUUUGAUUUCUUCUAAAACUGUUUUUAUAUUAAAUUUCGAUGUUCAAGGCGAUUAUUCACCGAGUAUUAUCUAUCAAGCAAAAUCCAAUACAACUAUUGAAAAUGGAUUUUUCAAUAAACGAACCAAUAAGAUUAUUUUAUUGACUAAUCAAUUAAAUCAAACUUACUCGAUAAUAAUACUAAAUGUUAAUGAUGAUAUUUAUAAAUCUUGGAUAGAAAAAUCUACUAGAAUUACAUAUUUCACGUAUGCUUCUUUAGCUCAGGGUCAACGUUAUCUCUAUGUAUUGAACAAUCCAACGUUAUUGUUACAAAUAUUUGCUUUACCAUUCACAUCAACAUCAUACAAAGAAAAUUAUUUAACAAAUUUACCAAAAAAUCAAACUCUAUUAAACUAUAUUGUUGAUGAAAAAUUUUAUUCGCUAUGGAUUUUAUUUAAAAAUAUUCAAUCUCAAUUAUACGUGUGUGAUUUACGCACGUAUGAUUGUCAUUUGUAUAUGAAUAUAAAUAACUUAAAUGAACGUGCGCAUUUAUCUAUCAAUUGGAAAUAUCAACAAUUUUAUAUUUAUUCAAAAGAAAAUUUACUCAUCUUUGAAUAUAAUCAAAAUCAAACUGGCUAUUCAAUUAACUAUUUAGAUUUUCCCAAAGAAAAUCAAGAUAAAUUUUUAACAGUCUGUGCAAAGACUAAUAAUAUUGAAUAUCUAUCAAUUAAUUACGAUAAUAAACAACAAGCAUGCUAUCGUACAUGCCAAUAUUUACCAUCGGUAUUCGAUGAUAAAAGUCGCAUUCAUACAGUAGAACGACUUUCAGCAAUAUCCGAUGUUCUCUAUUGUUCAAAGAAACGUCGUAUUAGUAAAAUUGUCGUACUUAUUCUAAUUUUAGCAGAUAUUUUAGUUAUAUUAGCAGUUAUUGCUUGGUUAGCAUAUAAAUAUUUUUAUUAUACAACAUUAAAUGAACAGAAACAUGAAAUGAGUGAUGGAACGAUUUCGACAAGUGAAAACACUUGCGUUACACAUUUUUGA